CGCGCCUCCUCCGCCGCCGCCUCCUCUUCCUCUCCGUGCCUUCGCUCCGCGCCCGGCGGCCCGAGGCAGAUCCAGGCGGCGGCGGCGGGCUAGCAGCGCGACUCCCAGGGCUGCAGUCGCCAGUGUUUUCAGCGCGGGCUCACGGAGCCGGGCGUUCGGAGGACGCGCCUCGCCGAUCGGAAGAGGGAACCGAGGCGGCAGGGCUUACUGGGGCCGACAGGUCGGCCGGGCGCGCUGGCCAUGCUUCUGGACGCGGGGCCGCAGUUCCCGGCCAUCGGGGUGGGCAGCUUCGCGCGCCACCACCAUCACUCGGCCGCGGCGGCGGCGGCGGCGGCUGCCGAGAUGCAGGACCGUGAGCUGAGCCUGGCUGCUGCUCAGAACGGCUUCGUGGACUCAGCCGCGGCGCACAUGGGCGCCUUCAAGCUCAACCCCGGGGCGCACGAACUGUCUCCUGGUCAGAGUUCCGCGUUCACGUCACAAGGUCCGGGCGCAUACCCGGGCUCUGCUGCGGCUGCCGCUGCGGCCGCAGCACUAGGGCCCCACGCCGCACACGUUGGCUCCUAUUCCGGGCCUCCCUUUAAUUCCACCCGGGACUUCCUGUUCCGCAGCCGCGGCUUCGGGGACUCGGCGCCGGGAGGCGGCCAGCACGGGCUCUUCGGACCGGGCGCGGGCGGCCUGCACCACGCGCACUCAGACGCGCAGGGCCACCUCCUCUUCCCGGGCCUCCCGGAGCAGCACGGGCCGCACGGCUCUCAGAACGUGCUCAACGGGCAAAUGCGCCUAGGGCUGCCGGGAGAAGUGUUCGGGCGCUCGGAGCAAUACCGCCAAGUGGCCAGCCCGCGGACCGACCCCUACUCGGCGGCGCAACUCCACAACCAGUAUGGCCCCAUGAAUAUGAACAUGGGGAUGAACAUGGCAGCGGCCGCAGCCCACCACCACCACCAUCACCACCACCCUGGUGCCUUUUUCCGCUACAUGCGGCAGCAGUGCAUCAAGCAGGAGCUCAUCUGCAAGUGGAUUGAUCCCGAGCAGCUAAGCAAUCCGAAGAAAAGCUGCAACAAAACUUUCAGCACCAUGCACGAGCUAGUGACCCACGUCUCGGUGGAGCAUGUCGGCGGCCCGGAGCAGAGUAACCACGUCUGCUUCUGGGAGGAGUGUCCACGCGAGGGCAAGCCCUUCAAGGCCAAAUACAAACUGGUCAACCACAUCCGUGUGCACACCGGCGAGAAACCCUUUCCCUGUCCUUUCCCGGGCUGCGGCAAGGUCUUCGCACGCUCCGAGAACCUCAAGAUCCACAAAAGGACCCACACAGGGGAGAAACCUUUCCAGUGUGAGUUCGAGGGCUGUGACCGGCGCUUCGCCAACAGCAGCGACCGGAAGAAGCACAUGCAUGUCCACACCUCAGAUAAGCCCUAUCUCUGCAAGAUGUGCGACAAGUCCUACACGCAUCCUAGCUCGUUGCGGAAGCACAUGAAGGUCCAUGAGUCCUCUCCUCAGGGCUCCGAGUCCUCCCCGGCUGCCAGCUCUGGCUACGAGUCGUCCACGCCCCCGGGCUUGGUGUCCCCCAGCGCAGAGCCGCAAAGCAGCUCCAACCUGUCCCCGGCAGCGGCAGCGGCGGCAGCAGCAGCUGCGGCGGCGGCAGCCGCGGUGUCUGCGGUGCACCGAGGCGCAAGCUCUGGCAGCAGCGGCUCUGGAGGCGGCUCGGCCACAGGCAGCGGCGGGGGCGGCGGGGCGGGCGGCGGGGGCGGCGGGAGCUCUGGAGGGGGCAGCGGGGCAGCCGGAGGCCAUAGCGGCCUCUCCUCCAACUUCAAUGAAUGGUACGUGUGAGGGGCCAGGCCUUUCUCCCAUUCCCUGUUCUCCCCUCCACCACAGCCCUCCCAAAACCCACCGAGGGCACCUUAGGAUCGUGUUUAAACCAUCAAUCUGAUUUUUAUGGUGAUGAAAAAGAUUUUACCAGCAGAAGGAUUUUUAAAAGUUUUUUUUAUAAACAAAACAACAAUCUAGGCAUGAAAAGCAAAAUCUCUGUUUCUGAAGCUGAAAACAUAAAAAUUUUAAGAAGGUAAACUCCACAAAAAUAUCCAGCCAAACUUCCCUAGCGACACCCCAGCCCACUCUUCCCCCGCACAUGCUUCCCAGUCUUCUGACAAACUGUACAUAGCCAUAGCGGACUCCUUCCUUUUCCACGGUGAUUUUAAUGGCUUAUUGGUGGAUAGACGUUUGUCCAUUUGUAAACCCUGGAUUGCGUUCCUUCCCUUCCCGCUCUUCCCCCAACCCCUUCCCCCGAGUGACGGGCCUUUUCUUUUUUUCCCUUUUAGUUUACCCGACUUCUUUUUUAAGUAAUGUGGAAGAAAAUGGUUUAUUUUGUAUUGUGGUAUUAAAUAUUGUGUUCCUUUUAAUGAGGCAACUUGAUUGUAAACUUCAUGCAACUAUAGACUGGAAAAAAAUGAGCCGUGCCAAAGUCUCCCUUCUGUUUCUUCAACACAGCAACUCAUAGCACACAUCACCACCACCAACAACGCUUGUGAAUGUAUUUUUCUGUUAGCUGGGUUUACAUGUGAUG